CCAAACCCAAACAAGAAUCAGAUUCCAUUCAUCUCCAAAAAAAUAUAUAAAAUCCAAACAAAAAUACUCCAACUUUUCCAAUUCAAGGAAAAUCAUCCCACCAAUUCUCCUUUAUUUCAUCCCAACUUCAUGUCUGAGCUGAAGCAAUUCUGUAUGGUGAUGAAAAUCAAUGUUGACUGCAAUGCUUGUUGCAGGAAACUUAGGAGGAUUGUCUUGAAAAUGAAAGAUGGUUGCAGAAAAUCGAGUCUUGACAUUAUUAUUGUUGUGGUUAAUAUGGACGAUGAAGCAAUCGAAAUGCAUAUGAUAGAGAGAGAGCGUCACAGAUUGAUCGUGUUCGGAAGAUUCAAGCCAUCCGACAUUGCCAUUAAGAUCCGAAAGAAAAUGAAUCGUAGAGUCGAAAUCCUUGACGUCGAAGAAAUGCAACCCGAACCUGCCGCCGAUCAAAACCCACCGCCACCGGAGCAAAUCCAAGCUUCUGGCCCCAGUGCUGAUCACAAUCACAUCCCCAUGUUUCCUUCCUUGGAGCAAGAUCAUCAGAGGCCGCCCAUGUUUCCCUCGCUCGCCACCAACCAAUGUCGUUCCUUCGCAUCUUGUCGGCCCGAUUUUGCCGUAACUUGCUUCCCGGAGCCGGACAUGGAAGAACGCUUCUGGCAGUAUGGCUAUGACUAUGAAUAUGUUGGAGAUAGAGGAGACCCUAACUUCUGUGCUCACAAUUACUACCACUACUAGCCUUUUUCUAAAGAGUUCUCUUAUACGUAUUAAAUAAGGUAACACAUUCAUUUAUAAGCUUUCCAAGUUAUCUUUUGAAAAAAUUUGUUGAAUAAUGUCGCCAUUUAUGUUUUAUUGUAUUCAUAUAAAUUCUCGACUAAUCUCAUGAAUUGUCAUAAUUUCAACAUGAUUUAAUAUAGUAGCUGUUAUAAUAAAAAAAAUCAUUCUCCAUGUACUUAGACAUAUCCACGGGGUGGGGCGGGGAUGGGGAAGACAUCCCCGUCCCUUUGAUUGGGUUCCCUGCGGGGAAAAUUUUUCCACUUUUCUUUUCUUUUUAAUUUUUUUUAAAGUUAUAAUAGAAUAUAUUUUUUCAAUGGAUUUUUAAUUAAAACAUUUCCAAUGCAAUUUUGUUUCAAUGAAAUAUUAUCAAUUUUUCUAUUAAAAACAAUACAAAGAUAAUUUGAAAAUAUGUAAUUAAAAUGAUAAAUUCUCAUUAUUUAUAAAAAUUAAAUCUCAAUUAUUAGAACAUCCACCUAUAAUUAUCCAUAAUUCUUAUUAAAAUUCAACUUAAACUUAAAUAAUUAAAACAUCCAUCCAUAAUCAUUAUAACAAAGUUAACAAAGUUCUCAAUUACAGAAAAAGGUUCACAAGUCAGAAGUCAAGACACAACAUAUAUUUUAAAGAAAAGCUACAAAAUAGCCAAAUCAAGGCAUCAACAAAUUUCAUCAAACUUUGUAAAAGAUGAUUCUUGAAAAAAAAAAAAAACAAAUAUUGUACAAAUUAAUAUAAAUCAAUAUUAAAAUAAUAAUAAUAAUACACAAACUUAUAACUUAUAUCAUCUGGGUCUCGAUCCUCAAGAACAUUUUCCAAAACUUUAGCAUCUAUAGGAGUAUGCUUAUCUAUUUAAGACAUAGACAAAAGAAAUUAGAUCUUAAAUUGUAAAUAAUACAAGUUUAUUAAAUAAAUUAAAUAAUAAUAUUAACUCAUACCUUCAGCCCAUAGCCAAUCUUGAGUACACAUCAAAGCUUCUAAUAAGUUUUCAUGAAUUUGGGAACGAUGUAGACUUACAUGUCUACCACCAAUACUAAAUGCAGAUUUAGAAGCAACAGUUGUGACGGGAACAACUAGAAUAUCUUUUGCAAAGUGAUGCAAAAUAGGAUACUUUACUCUAUUCAACUUCCACCAUUGCAAAAUGUUAAAAUCAUCCGAUCGCGGUAAAAAAGACUCAUCCAAAUAAUGAUCCAGUUUUGAUUUGACAUUGUCAAUAUCAUUUCCACAUUAUCAACAAACUCUUCAAACUUGAGAUAUCGAUCUUUCCUAUUAACAAGAGAAGUUGAAGUACUACUUCCAUCUCGCUUUGAAGUUGAAGAAGUACUAAUUGUAGAUAUAGAACGUUGGGGCUCUUCUAAUGUACUUGAAUUCGAACUAUAAAACUUCAUCAAAUCAGAACACAGAUCUCUAACACGUUUAAUUUCAACAGUAUGAUGAGAUCCAUAGAUUUGAGGAAAAUAAAACUGGAUCAAUCUCAUCUUAAACCUAGGAUCCAAUACUGUAGCUAUUGCCAAUACACUAUGAAUCACACUCCAAUAUUUUUCAAACUUAACAAUUAUUCUUGAUGCCAUUUCUUGUAUCUCCUCAACAUCAAAACUAAGACACUUAGAAAGUUCCAACCUAAUUUCACAAACAUCUUUAAAAAAGGCAUUGGAGGUUGGAUAACUUGACCUAGAAAAUAACUCAGUGAUCAAGUAAAAGAGUUUUAAUCUAUCACACAUUUAUUUUGCAAAAUUCCAAAAAGUCUCUGAAGGAAGACAAGUGUAUAGUGGUUCAUAUUGUUCUAGAUGAGGAAAAACAUUCUUGUAUUCCAAAGCAGUUUUGAGCAUCACGAAUGUUGAAUUCCAUCAUGUUACACAAUCAAGACUUAGUUUUUUAGUGCAUGGAAUUUGUAAUUGACGAACUCCUUCUUCAAAAUUUUCCUUCCUUUUUAGAGAAAGAGUCCAAAAAUAGUACCUCUAAUAUUUUCUAUACCAUCAGAAAUUACAACCAAACCAUCUUUCACUAUCAAAUUCAAAAUAUGUGCACAACAACGAAUGUGGAACAAACUUCCAUGCAACCAUAGUGUCCUUAAAUCUAACUUCCUUAUAAAAUGUCAACCAUUGCAUAAUUUUUUGAACAAUUAUCUAUUGUUAAAGUGGAUAGUUUAUGAUCUAUGUUCCAAUCAAAUAUACACUCCAUUAAUGCUUCAGAAGGUAACUAUCUAGUAUGUGGAUGUGGCACAUGUACAAACCUAGUAUUAUGUAAUAAUGUGUUAAAAUGUAAACUACAUACGGAACCAAAUAAAAAUAAAUAAUAACAUAAAAGAUCUAAAAUACCUCAAAAGUCUGCUUUGUAGGACCCAUGAAUCAUCAAUAAAAUGAGCCGUGAUUGCCAUGCAUACCUUUUUCUGGCUAGUCGCAGUCCACAUGUCCGUAGUAAGGGCAACUAUGCUUCUAUUGUUUUCCAAAAACUUGAUUGUUUUAAUUCUCUCUUCUUCAUAAAUUUUUAUUAUCUCUCCUCAUCGUGGUUCUUGAAAUCAUCUUAAAUAUCGGUUGAACACCACUCAUAAACUUUC